AUGCCCGACGCCGCCUUCGUGUGCCCGAUCAGCGACUUCAGUGAGGUCAUGCUGAUGCUACGAGCCUCGACUGGUCCGUCCGUCUGCGCGGGCUGCUGCGACGCCGGCCAGAUUCGACAGGGUCCCCGACGGGAGGCCUACCAGUUCCGUGUCCUUCGACAAAGGCAACCUUGCUGGCCGCGAAUCCUGCUCCCGAGUAUGCGCGACGGAUCAUUUCGGCCUGAGUUUCGGCAAGCGGGCUUGCAACUCCACCCUUGCCAUCGG